AUCCUCCCUCCCCCCCCCCCUCUCCUUCUCUCUCUAAGGCUUCCUCGCCGCCGCCGCCGCCGCCGCCGUCGUCUCCGUCGCAGUCGCAAUGGAAGCUCCUCGCCGGACCGAUUACUCCGGGACGAGCUCGGGAACCUCGAGCGAGUUCCCUCACCGUGAACCCAUGAUUCCGGACCUUCCGGGCACGGAUUCCUCAAACACGGAAUGGACAGAUGAGAAACACAGUCUCUAUCUCAAAUCGAUGGAGGCUACCUUCGUCGACCAGUUGUACGAUUCCAUGGAGUUGCUUGGUUGGCACUUGGAAAAAGCAAACUUCGUGGAUCCACUAACCAGGCAAUCGAACAAACAGCACCCUUAUGCACCCUCUGGCCAGUUCAAAGUUCUUAGAGAUGGCAGUUGGAAGAAGAUCAACUUUGAAAGACCUGACUUGCAGGUAGAGAAAGCCGAUGGUUCACGUGAUCUCCUAAAAAGUCCAUGGAUCCAGCAUUUUCGACCUGCUUCUAGAGUCCUGAGGUCGGGAUCUCCUAAUUACCAAACAUCCAGUGGAAAAGGGAAAAAGGCUCUUGCCUAUGCAUCAGCUGGAAAUUCAGAGCAGUUUCACGCAUGCCACUCUUACUUUGGCAAUCAAAUCGAUAACGGCAAUGCAGAGGUUACGGAUCAAAACUUUGUGGAUGAAGAUAUAGGAGGAAGAAAGGGGAGCAACAUGUGCAGUGCAAAGAAGGCAAAAACUUCGGGGACAGAUUCUUCGGACAAUGACCAGGUUGUUCCGUUCAGCAGACCUGCCACAGCAGGAGACGCCGGUGAGAAAUGGGCCUCCUCAUCGAGAUGAAGGAUUUCUACCAUGAAGGCUUGGGGAACAUCCUCUUUUUCUCGCGCCCUAAUGUGUCAACAAGUAACGUGAAUUUGGAUUGCAUGCACCAUCUGCAUGCUCGUGAGAAAGCGAGAGGAUUCAAUUUUCUAGAGACGAGAACCUGGUGUUGGGGGUUGCUCUUUUUACCUCUCUGACAAGAGGUGCACGGUGCAUAUUCCCACUCGGGCAAAGGGUUAGGAACACGAUCCUAUAUACUUGUACAACUCUACAUAUUGAUGUGCUGACACAGGUUAGUCGGGGCUAAUUCGACUAGGGAGAAAACAAGGUGAUUGAUUGUACUAACAUAACAGGGGUUGUGGAGUUCGUUUCUCUCUUUUGAGUUGAUUGAUGCUGUAGAACUGUGGACAUCGUGUUACCUGUUAAUGUUACCUGAACCACGAUUUGAUUUA